GGGUGACAUUUGCCCAUUUAUGUGGCGGCUGGCGUCUGUAUUUGUUUAAAUUUUUUUGUUUAUUAAUAAAAUACUUUUUAAUACAACGUAGACUAAGUUAAGGUUAAUAAAUAAGAAUUCGUUUUAAAAUACAAUAAAUAUUAUACUAUAUACACGCUAUUAAAAUAUUCAAACAUGGAUCGAAAUAUGAGAUCAACUUAUGUCAAUAGUGGACCAAGGUCUCUACCGCACAUUGGCAGCAAACGUCACAAUGGUAAUGGCCAUAAUGGACCAAGACUGAGCCCACCAGCUCAAACUACAGUCAAUAUUCAUACUAACAAUAAUAACAAUGUUAAUAAUGCCUGCAGUCAACAUGAUGAUCUCAUUAAUUAUAUUUAUGAUUCUUGGAAUAAGGUGACCCGUGAAUUAGAAAGAGGCGGUGAAGAGGCAAAAUAUUAUCAAGAGCUUCCGCCUCGGCAGUUGGCUAACUUCAGACCGUUUGAUCUAGAAGAAUGGUGGGGACGACGACACGUUCAGUCAAUUAAUAGAAACAAACAUCGUUCCUAGUUCAAGCAAUUGGUAUUGCAUGAAAUUCAUCUCAUUUUAACAAUACACUAAAUUCCAUAGAUAUCAAAAAUAAUUAGACAUUAUUGAAUUUCAAUUAAGUCACAUUAACACAUAUAAAUUCCAAUAUACUGCAUAAUUCACAAAAAAUAUGUUUGAGUAAAAUUAGUUAGAAUUACCACAUUUAAACAAAUUUUUUAAAAGGCCAAGGCCAGUAGAUAAAUUAUACAUUUAGAAUUUUUAUACAUGUUCAUGUUUUAAUUAAUGUACCUAUAUUCAAAAAGCAAUAAUUAGAAGCUAGUUUUUUAUUGGCUUUUUAUGUUUGUCAUUUAUCUUAAAGGGAGGUUCAAUACAUAAUA